CUCUACAGCCUCGGAACGGUCUCCUCACCUCGUCAGAUAUAAGCGAGAGGAGCCGAGCUGAGAGGACAAAGUUAAAGGAGCAUCACCUGCCGAACACUGAAGUCAGCAUGAAGACUGUGUGCAUCACGCUGGGCCUCCUGCUGGCUGCUGUCUGCUACUGCAACGCUGUGCCGUACGCGGUGAACCGGAGCCCCACAGAAUGCUGCUUCAAGUUCUACACAGGAAAGAUCCUCAAAAAACAAAUCAUCGAUGUCAAGAAGACCUACACCAACUGUGCCGAAAGCGCAUUUGUGGUCCACACUGCCAACGGGAGGCAGUACUGCAUCAGCCAGAGUGUGGAGUGGGCGCAGGCAGCUUACAACGAAUUCAGUGUUCAGGCGUAGGACAUCCUGCGGCCCCUGCCCCUCGCCCCCUGCCCCGGCACGCUGCUGCUCCGCCUGCAAAGUCACUUCAUAUCACAGAACCAUGUCUUCUCCAAGAGGCUUUGCAUUACAGUUUCCUGACAGUUGUUGUUGGUGUGUGACAGUGCAUUAUGUAAUUAUGCUUCAUUUUGUAAUCAUUUCUCAAAAUGUGAAACUUUGCUCAUUUUACAACAAGAUACACAAUUUGUAAUAAAAACCUUGAAUGCAACAUGUAGAACAUUUCCCUGCAUUUUGUGUGAUUAGAGCCGGGCUCUGCAGGAUUUAGGGACGGGGCUGAUCGUGUAUCAGAUCAGACCUCCACCCCCGCUCACGAGCGGGCCAGCUGGAGCCUUGCAGACGCAACAAAUUAAACAUCCUGCAAACUGCCCCCCUUCAAAACUCGACAUCAGGAGAAACCCCAGGACCCCGAGGCAGGGGCCCGCAGGUUCAGUCCAGGCCCAGUUGUUCAUGUGGGGGUCAUCUUCAUGCUCAAACCAGCCUCUGGGUUUUAAUGCCUAAGCCUAACCAUUCCCUAAACUCAACCGAGCAGCUACCAACAAACCGUGACCACAUGACGGAACCAAGUCCAGUGAAAUAUAGAACACGUAGCCAUUCACCGCACAAUUUCAUUCAAGUAAACAAUGAGGUGUGGGACUUGCUGUAAACACAGACAGCAGUUAUGGCAUGUUAUUACAUAAUGCACUGAACUAAUUACAUAUUCAUCAGAACUGUGCCUCCUUCAUCAGCCCAUGUAAUUACAGCCAUAGCAGCUUAUUACAAAAGGCAGGAAAAUGUAUUACAUCUUGCAUUCAAAGUUUUUAUGACAAAAUACAGCAUUAUUACAUAAUAAGGGUGUCAUUCAUUUUAUUGAACGGUUAAUUAUAAAAAAAAAAAAAGAAUAAAAAGAUGAAUAGACGUUUAGUUUAGCUUUACUGUUAGCCACAGUCUGUUUGCUGCUGCGACCCAGUUUCCCCACAGGAAUCAUUAAAGCUUCAUUU